CGGGCUUCCACUGGGUCGGGUACGCGGGAGACCAUGGCGUCCUCCUCGGCCCCGCCGGCCACCGUACCGGCGAGUACAGCGGCCCCAGGCCAGGGUUUCGGCUUCGCCUCAAAAACCAAGAAGAAGCAUUUCGUGCAGCAGAAGGUGAAGGUGUUCCGGGCGGCUGACCCACUGAUGGGCGUGUUCCUGUGGGGCGUAGCCCACUCGAUCAAUGAGCUCAGCCAGGUGCCUCCCCCUGUGAUGCUGCUGCCAGAUGACUUUAAGGCCAGCUCCAAGAUCAAGGUCAACAAUCACCUUUUCCACAGGGAAAAUCUGCCCAGUCAUUUCAAGUUCAAGGAAUAUUGUCCCCAGGUCUUCAGGAAUCUCCGUGAUCGAUUUGGCAUUGAUGACCAGGAUUACUUGGUAUCCCUUACCCGAAGUCCCCCGAGUGAAAGUGAAGGCAGUGAUGGUCGCUUCCUUAUAUCCUAUGAUCGGACUCUAGUCAUCAAAGAAGUAUCCAGUGAGGACAUUGCUGACAUGCAUAGCAACCUCUCCAACUACCACCAGUACAUUGUGAAGUGCCAUGGCAACACGCUGCUGCCCCAGUUCCUGGGGAUGUACCGAGUUAGCGUGGACAAUGAAGACAGCUACAUGCUUGUGAUGCGCAACAUGUUUAGCCACCGUCUUCCUGUGCACAGGAAGUAUGACCUCAAGGGCUCCCUAGUGUCCCGGGAAGCCAGCGAUAAGGAAAAGGUUAAGGAAUUGCCAACCCUUAAGGAUAUGGACUUUCUCAACAAGAACCAGAAAGUUUAUAUUGGUGAAGAGGAGAAGAAAAUCUUUCUAGAGAAGCUAAAGAGAGAUGUGGAGUUCCUAGUGCAGCUGAAGAUCAUGGACUACAGCCUUCUGCUGGGCAUACAUGACAUAGUUCGAGGCUCUGAACCAGAGGAGGAGGGGCCUGUGCGGGAGGAGGAGUCAGAGGGGGAUGGGGACUGUGGCCUGACUGGACCUCCUGCUCUGGUGGGCUCCUAUGGCACCUCCCCUGAGGGUAUUGGUGGCUACAUCCAUUCUCAUCGGCCCCUGGGCCCCGGAGAGUUUGAAGCCUUCAUUGAUGUCUACGCCAUCCGGAGUGCUGAGGGGGCCCCCCAGAAGGAGGUGUAUUUCAUGGGCCUCAUUGACAUCUUGACGCAAUAUGAUGCCAAGAAGAAAGCAGCUCAUGCAGCCAAAACUGUCAAGCAUGGGGCUGGGGCAGAGAUCUCUACUGUUCACCCUGAGCAGUAUGCUAAGCGAUUCCUGGAUUUUAUUACCAACAUCUUUGCCUAAGAGACUUCGUGGUGGCUGCUACUUUAUGUUCAAGGUGGUGGAGUUCUGAGAGGAUUGGGGGAAUUGUGGAUAUUCUGGUCACUACUUCUUCUCUUCCUCUUUGCUAAAUUCAGGCUAUAGGCUCCUUCCAGCCAAUUAACUCCAUCGUAUUGAGUAGGCUCUUCUUGGCCUUCAGAAGUACAUCAUCUUUUCUCCCCUUUGUCCAGUUUUCUUCCCUCUCCCUUCCAACAUGUCUGCUUGCUUCAUUAGAGUGUUACUGCUGA